AUGGAAACAACUGGAAAGCCGGACUAUCCAAUACUUAAGUAUUUUAUACUAAUCAUUUUAACACUUCUCGGUCUUGAUUUCAUCUUCUCAUCUCCUCCAUGGACAGAUCCCCGCGAAAAGGACUGCAGGGCCCGCGGCCCACGCCUCUCAAAUCACAAUGUCCGUAAAGGCUCGCACAAGAUCCGAAAACCACCGGUGGCACCACCACCUCAUCAAAAACAAUCACAGCAGCAACAACCGCGGUCUCCGAUCAUAAUUUACACCGUGUCUCCAAUAGUGAUCCACACCCAUCCUAGUGAGUUCAUGAAUUUAGUCCAACGCCUCACCGGAUCAUCUUCUUCUUCCGCCACGUGUAAAACAUACAAUCUCUUCCAUGACGAUUGUGGGGCGGUAUCGCCUGCGGCCAGAUAUGCUACAAUCGAGAAGGCUAAUAAAUCCCCGGAAGGAAAGAAGAAAGUAAGCGAUGUGGGAUUCGAAGAGAGAGGUGGGGAUGUGUUUAUGGAGAGGUCAAGUAAUAGUUUUCCAGGUAUUUUGUAGCCGGGGCCGGCUUCCUUGCAACCGAUAUCACCAACUCUUUUCCUGCGCCGUCGAACUCGAUUGCGAGCUUUUUCUAUGAUUUGAGUCCUGCAAUACAUGGGAACAGUAGUUUCAUGAGAGCAUCUAAAGUGAUAAAAUUUGUGGUCAC